UACUAGGCAUAUGACGUACCAUUAAUAUUAGUGUUGUGCUUGCACCUGAGAGAAAGAUAAAAUUUGUGUCUCAAAACAGUUUUCUAAUUUUGAUACCAAAAUCGAUGACUAUGAAGUGGGUUUACAAAGAAGAGCAUCCUUUUGAGAAAAGGAGACAAGAGGGCGAAAAAAUCCGCAGAAAAUAUCCGGACAGAGUACCUGUGAUUGUAGAAAAGGCAGCCAAGGCACGUAUUGGAGAUCUGGACAAGAAGAAGUACCUGGUACCCUCAGAUUUAACAGUUGGACAGUUCUAUUUUCUGAUCAGAAAACGGAUUCAGCUACGCCCUGAGGAUGCACUGUUCUUCUUUGUCAACAAUGUAAUUCCUCCAACAAGCGCCACCAUGGGUCAACUUUAUCAGGAUCACCAUGAAGAGGACUUCUUUCUGUACAUUGCCUACAGUGACGAGAGUGUUUAUGGAGCCUAGACAAGAUAAACAUCUUGUAACUUAUAACUGAAAACAAACACUUAAUGUUCAUCUUAGCCAACUGCAACAUCUCCUCUUCAAAGGCUCAUAUAAACUUAAAUCUGGAUUCUUUACACAUUGUAUUUUCUCGAUUUCACAUUUAAAAAGGUAUUCUUCAUCACCAACUCAUACUGUACUACAUGAACAUGGAUGUGCACAUUGCUGUGUUAAAAAGAAGACAUUUUCCAGAUGGUAAAAGGCAUCAAAAUGUCUCUAAUUAGUGCUGGAUGCUACUAUGCUCCCAUAUUCAUGUAAAUCUUUUACAACUGACUGGAUAAAGACAAGAUUAUGUUACAUGAGACGAUGCAACCUGUCAAAUGGUAUUAAUUAACACAACCUGUUAACAUGUUUGAUAUAAUAUUUCUAUACUCUGCACAUUUGUUUUCUGAAGUGGGCGUUAAGGAUACAGUUUGGUUUUUUUGUUUGUUUGGGGUUUUUUUUGGGGGGGGGGGGGGGGCAGAGGGGUUAACUUGCCAGAAACUUUGCACAGAUCAAAAAAUAAACAUUAAUUUGUUAAUCAUAUGUACCAGGUAUUAAACCUUUUUGCUUUCUCUGUCCACUUCAUGUUCUUGCGCCCAAUUUUUCCCAACUGUUUGAAUUUGGGAAACCAGUGGCCCCCCCUUUCCAUCGGGUUGUAUGCCUUGAUGUUCCUCUGAUGUUCCUAAAGCUCCCUUUCCUUGGUAAUGAUCAAAUUAAUGGGCAGAAGGAAAUUUAACUUAUUGGUACUUACAAUCAUCACCAUAGCAAAUGCCCUUGGCUCUUUGUUCCAACUUGAAGGAUUCUUUACGGAUUUUCUCAUUAGUUGGAAACUUUUCCAAAUUCACACACAGUUCACAAUUUAUUGUUUUUACCGCUUUAAUUAGAAUCUAUUAUUUCACUUCAUUGUCAAAACCGAAAGUUAGUUCCAAAGUAAGAAGAAAUAUUAUUACACAGAUGAAAAAAAAACAUUGCGCAAAAGGAGAGCAAGCAGUAAUUUGUUCAGUUGAUUCUGUUUUCUUUGUAAAAUAAAUUUUAGAGUGCUAGAUACCUGUUAUUUUAAAUUUUAUUAAAUCUGUUUAUUUAUGACUAUAUUAUAUUGUGUAUUAUAAUCAUGUUUUACGUGUCUUAAAUCUGCAAAUUGAACUUUUCAAAAUAAACAUUUGUCAAAUUUGGGCUUAAAGAUUAGGAUUUUUUUUUUGAAUGGGUGCAAUGUCUCAAGUAGCAUCUGUUUGACUUCACUCAAAAUUGUUUGUACAAGACAUGACUUUCAACCUGUCUUCCUAAAGGUUAUAAUUUUCAAUCGCAAACAAUUUUGAGGUGAUAAUAGGGAGGUUCAGCUGCACGUUACACGAGCAAAUACGUGAACAUGAACGUCAGAAAAUUGUGUUGUUAAAGUCGUACGUUCUAAGCAUACGUGAAGUUACCAUAUUUGUUCACGUCGGGUACAAACGUGCAGACGCCAUACGUGAGCAAGAAAAGCCCUCAGUGGUGAUGUCACCUCGAAACAACACUUUUUUGGACGUUCCUGUUCAUGUGUAAAUCUCGCUAAUAUGUUAGCACAAAACUCGUCACGGUAUCAUCAAGUGUGCUGUUGAAUUCCUGUUUAAUAGAGUUUAUAAAAUGCUGAUCUUGGAACUAUUUAAGGGUAUCCUAUCCCUCUACUUAGACAUUUAGUGAUUUAUGAUGAAUGGUUUUAAUAACGAUUUAAGGCACUGCAUUGGGGAGUAACCAUACAUCUGUAUCAACAUGUGUAUUUGUUGGGCGGUAUCGUCAUACUAUCCACCCAAAUCAAUGGGUGGCAACAUUUUGAGAUUCAAAUAAUUUAGACAAGAUGGAGGGGCUAUAGCCAGAGAUUUCCCCCUUUGGGCAGGCUUUUAUUUCACCAAGUUUUUGCCGUGCUGAAUUGCUCUGAUGUGUCAUAAUUAUUUCCCUUAUACUCUGUGGUAAGAGAUGAAAAGUGGGACAAGUUCUAUCAGAACAAGGUCGUCUCAAAACUUCCAAAUCCAGUGAACAGCUAAACAGCACAUCUGAAUUUCAUAGAGCUGCUUAGCGGUCGAUUAUGUGCUUACUGUGUGAUUUUCCAUUUCAUAGCACUGCUAACUGAAGCACACAAAAGGGCAUGCUUAUCUGCUGGUGCUUACUUCACACACAAAAAUGACAUCACAAUGCAAAUCCAUGGUAAAUGCGCAAUAUUGCCGCCUAAUUUGUCUGCUAACCUGUGAAACACACUUGCACCGUAGGAAAUUUUGUCUGCUGGGCGGCGCUAUGAAAUUGGGCCCAUGCGUCCAAGUAGUAAAAUGGUGUUACUGUGAACUUACUGUAAUGAUAUAGACACUUAAUGAAAAUUUGCACUGUAAAUAAUUAUACAAAUAAUAGCUUUGCUUUUAUUAUUGAGGGAUAUAAGAAAUGUUAUAAAUGUGAUUAAUUAGUACAAGCAGUGUUUGGUAUUAUUUAAGUAGAUUGGUGACCAAACAUUUUAACCAUUAAUUAAAAGGAGUUUUACGUGAGAAAUUUAACAAACAUGCUUGUCAUGUUAAAUACUUAACGCUCUAAUUAUGUUCUAAAUAACAUGGUUGUAUUGAUAUUAGUUAAAUAAAGAUAUUGCUUCAAAGCAAGUGCAGGUGUGA